UGCCUGUCGUUGAACUGCUCGAUUUCUAAAACUCCCUUCUACGGCUUUGUGUCUGCAGGUAUAUUCUCUGGUUCGAUUCUCUCUGCCCACGAGAAACCAGCACCAUAUAACGAGAAUAACAUAGAAAAAAGCAGAUUUUAAUUGGAUUUCUCCUUCUCACUGUUCAUGAUUUUUGGGUUCCUCUGUUCCUGAAGCCUCAGAUUAUGAACUGUGAUGACAGAUUUGCUGCCAUAAUUGGUUCGUGUUUUCCUACAAAGACAGCAUGGAUGGUGUAGCGGUUAAUGGUUCUGAAUUUUUCUUUUAAAAUGGUUAUCUUUUCCUUUUCUCAAUGCUGAAACUGGAUAGCAGAUCCAAAUAUGAAUUAGACAGAAUAUUGUUCAAGGGCCUGAGUGGAUUGCCUUUCAAUGGUCAUGGCCUACUUCUUAAGAAGAUGUUGGGGAAUCUGGCUCCUGACAUUAUGAGGAGGCAUAUUUAUCCUUGAUUGUAGAAGCCAUCCCUCAGUAUAUUGAAGUUGCAAUUUUGUGAAAGUUAAAUAGUUAUUAAGAUUAUUUGUGAUCACACAAAUUUUAAUGGAGGGUCUACUUUAUCAAGGCCAAAAGCAGAAUCUGAAAACAACCGCUAGGAAAAAUUUAUCUGGGGGAUCACAGAAAGAUUUGUGGCUUGUUGUGCGAGAGGGAUCCUUGGCUGAUGUAGAGUCAGCUUUGGUGCUGCUGAAGAAGAAUGGGGGCAAUAUCAACUCAAGAAAUAUGUUUGGCUUGACUCCUCUUCAUAUUGCAACAUGGAGAAAUCAUGUCCCCAUCGUUAGGAGACUCCUUGCUGCUGGUGCAGACCCUGAUGCAAGGGAUGGAGAAUCAGGGUGGAGUAGCCUUCAUAGGGCUUUGCAUUUUGGUCAUCUCGCUGUGGCAAGUAUCCUUCUUCAGUCAGGUGCUUCUAUUUCACUGGAGGAUUCUAAAUCUCGAUCACCCAUCGAUCUCCUCUCUGGGCCAGUGUUGCAGGUUGUGGGGAAUGGUCAGAAUUCAGCGGCAACGGAGUUGUUUAGUUGGGGAAGUGGUGUGAACUAUCAACUUGGUACUGGAAAUGCUCACAUGCAGAAGUUACCGUGCAAAGUUGAUUCGCUUCAUGGAUCUUUUAUCAAAUUGGUUUCUGCUGCAAAGUUUCAUAGUGUGGCAGUUGGUACCCAGGGAGAAGUCUAUGCCUGGGGAUUUGGAAGGGGUGGCCGCCUUGGACAUCCUGACUUUGAUAUCCACAGUGGUCAAGCUGCAGUUAUCACUCCACGGCUUGUGACUUCUGGUUUAGGAUCCCGCCAUGUCAAGGCAAUUGCAGCAGCCAAACAUCACACUGUUAUUGCAACAGAGGGUGGAGAAGUUUUCACCUGGGGAUCCAAUAGAGAGGGUCAGCUUGGCUACACUUCAGUGGAUACCCAACCUACACCUCGUAGAGUGAGUUCCCUUCGAUCAAAGAUUGUUGCUGUUGCUGCAGCAAACAAACACACUGCUGUGGUUUCUGAAUCCGGUGAAGUUUUUACAUGGGGCUGCAACAGGGAGGGCCAGCUUGGUUAUGGGACAUCUAACUCAGCUUCAAAUUACACCCCAAGAGUGGUUGAAUACUUGAAAGGAAAGGUCUUCACAGGAGUUUCAGCUGCAAAAUAUCAUACACUUGUUUUAGGUGGUGAUGGAGAGGUUUUCACUUGGGGUCACAGGCUUGUUACUCCAAGACGUGUAGUCAUUGCUAGAAAUGUGAAGAAAAGUGGGAGCAUACCGUUAAAGUUUCACCGCAUGGAGCGGCUCCACGUGGUUGCUAUUGCUGCUGGGAUGGUGUAUAGUGUGGCUCUCACAGAUGAUGGUGCAUUAUUUUACUGGGUUUCCUCUGAUCCUGAUCUCAUCUGCCAGCAGCUAUAUUCUUUGUGUGGAAGACAUAUGGUGAGUAUUUCUGCAGGAAAGUACUGGACUGCUGCCAUUACAAAUACAGGAGAUGUUUAUAUGUGGGAUGGGAAGAAAGGUAAGGAUAAGCCUCCUGUUGCAACUCGGCUACAUGGUGUAAAGAAGGCUACUUCAGUUUCAGUGGGUGAAACGCAUAUGUUGAUUGUUAGCUCACUCCAUCAUCCUGUCUAUCCUUCUGAUGUUGCCAAGCACCCUCAGAAGCUGAAGUUAGAGGCUAGGGAUGAAUUAGAAGAGUUGGAUGAGGAUUUUAUGUUUAACGAUGUGGAAUCCAAUAAAAGUGCACCUACUGUUCUACAGGACAAUGCUGGGAAUAGGUCCACACCGAGCUUAAAAAGUCUUUGUGAAAAAGUGGCAGCAGAAUGGCUGGUGGAGCCACGAAAUGCUUUACAGCUGCUUGAAAUUGCAGAUUCACUGGGAGCGAAUGAUCUGAGGAAGCAUUGUGAGGAGAUUGCUAUUCGCAACCUUGACUAUAUUUUUACAGUCUCAGCGCAUGCUAUUGCAAGUGCCUCUCCAGAUAUUCUAGCUAGUCUUGAGAAAUUGUUGGAUUUGAAAUCAUCUGAACCAUGGAGCUAUCGUCGUCUCCCAACUCCAACAGCUACUUUUCCAGCCAUUAUUAACAGUGAAGAAGAUGAUAGCGACAAUGAGUUCCUAAGGACUCGUGACAAUCAUGUUAAGAAAAUGACCUCCAAGAAAGAAAGACUCCAGAGAUUAGAUUGCUUUCUGCAACCAAUGGAUGAUGACAAUCAAGAUGUUUGCAAACAAGUUCGAGCUUUGCGGAAAAAGUUGCAGCAGAUUGAGAUGCUUGAAGCAAAGCAGUCAAGUGGCCAUCUUCUUGAUGGCCAGCAGAUUGCAAAGCUUCAGACAAAAUUAGGUGUUGAGAGCUUGCUUGCUGAGCUUGGUGUUCCAGUUGACACAGCACAGUUGAAAGCAUCAUCAUCAGUAUCGCCUGAUGGAAAAGGGAGCAGGAAGGUAGAGGUAUCUAAAAAGCAGAGAAGAAAGAGCAAACAGAAGGCUGCUCAAGUAGAAGCAGGAUCUGGUAAUUAUGGGAAUGGUGGAGAACCAAAUUCUGUGAAGGAUUUCUUGGACAUGGAAAUUUCUCGACUUUCCAAGGAUAAGGAGGGAGAUACUGGAUUUGAAACAGCUGUGGCCAAUCAAGUUACCAAGGAGUCCUCUUUUUGUGUUCCAAAGAAAGACAUGUUAGAGACACCAAGAAGUAAGAGUUCUUUGCCUACAUUGUCCAAGAAGAAGAACAAGAAAGGUGGGCUUUCCAUGUUCUUGAGUGGUGCUCUUGAUGAUGCUCCCAAAGAUGUGUCUCCCCCACCAGCAAUACCUAAAAAUGAAGGCCCAGCAUGGGGUGGGAGAAAAAUUUCAAAGGGAUCAACUUCUCUUCGUGAUAUACAAGAUGAGCAGAGCAAAACUAAGGUGAAUCAGUUAGUGGGGAACAAAGAUGAGGUGGAGGGUCUUAUUGAUGGUAGAAGUGAUGGGAAAAUUCGAUUGAGUUCAUUUUUGCCUUCAAAUCCAAUACCUGUUGCAUCAGCUCAUGCAUCACAGGUGCCUGAUGGAGAACGAUGUACACCUCCUUGGGCUUCUUCUGGGACUCCACCCUUCCAUUCUCGGCCAUCACUCAGGGACAUCCAAUUGCAGCAGGGAAAAAAACAGCAGAGUCUAUCCCACAGUCCAAAGACAAGAACAGCUGGAUUCUCAGUCGUUACUGGUCAGGGAUCGCCCUCAGAGUCUGGUGGACUAAACCACUGGUUCAAACCAGAGGCUGAGGCACCCUCAUCAAUUCGUUCAAUUCAGAUUGAGGAAAAGGCUAUGAAAGACCUCAAGCGUUUCUACAGCAGCGUUAAGAUUGUGAAGAACCAAAUUUAAGGAGGCCAUGUGAUAUUGCUCCAACAGUCUGUCAACUAGCAGUGAGAACACUUCUCAACCAAAAGGAGUGUUGACUUCCCUUUGGUAGUGCACUGAAGAUAAUCAUAUGCUAUGAAAUGAACUAGCUUGUGAGUAUGUCCAUCUGAAGUUGGAAAUUUCUAGAAAGUGGAUUUUCUUUGCUUUUAUCAAAACCUUGUGGAUCAUUUUUGAUGAACCUAGCUUGUAAGCUGCUCUUGACCCGCUCUUGUUCUAAACUUGCUCAAUUCUUGUUCAAACUUUUUCCUGCAAUUUACACAUUCAGAUUUUUUCUCUGCACUUGACAAAAAAUGGGCAGUUUUUGAUUAUUUAUUGGAGUGUAGGUUUAGAUUGACAUUCUUUCAAUUCUUUUGUUAGUCAUAGCUAUCUGGUAACAGCUAUCUGAGGUCACCUUUCUCAUUUGUAAGGAAUUAAAUGUAUCAGAACCCUUUUUUUUUUUUUUUGAAUAAGAAAUUGAAAGUAUUUUUUUUUUUAUAAUAAUAAACCGGAAAGUAUGGAGUUCAUCCCACGUUUGAGUUGGAUUGGGCCCUUCGAACCGAGUUAGACUC